AUGUCUGAAGAGGCCCAGCCCAUCACCCUUGAAGCCUUUGCCGAAGCCAUCAGGGAACUGCCCCUCUCCGCUGUGUACGCAAAGGUGUCGGAAAUCAGAAAUUCCAUCGCACACCUGCGCCGCUCAAAUAGCGAGCUUAAAGCUUUUAUAGACGAGACUUGUGAGAGUGAGAGCGAUAAGCGGGAGCUGGAAGGGUACAUCGCAGAAAAUGAGGGCGUCAUCGCCACUAUGAAUGACCGAAUUGGACUCCUGAAGACCGAGAUUGAGAGUCGAGGCGAACGAUGGAUUGAAGAGGAAAUUGAGGCGAAUAUUAAAGUGGAUGGAGACGAAGUAUCCACAUCACAGCCUAUCAUCAAUGGUACUGCGGGGGAUGAGCGGCCUAGAGCACACGAGGACGCGACGAGGAGGCCGGAAGAUAGGCAAACCAACGAGGAAGAAGGCGUCUACCUGUGA